AUGAUUUCCAUCCCGAACGACCUCACGUACGCUAUCGAUGACACAACAUGGGGCAAAUCCAUUGAUACACUCAACGAGGAGAAUCAGACAGAGGAAAGACUGAACGGUUAUAUAACAUGUAUGGUGCGGGCAUGGAAUACAAUGCCUCUUACCGACCUUGCCCUAUGGAAGGACUUCCAGGAUGAGUUUAAUGGAUGGACUCUCGACACAUUCAAGGUGGUGAAUAAAACUGUAUUAAAAAUGCUUCGACUUCACCUCACUACACACGGAGUAUGGAUCAGGGUAGGUCCAGGGAUAUCUUUCGCGAAGGGACUAUACGACUGCCUCCAAGAAGUCACUCAGCACGAAUGGACCAAAGAGGACAUCGAGGACCAUCUGAAGGAGCACCCAGACAACUUCAACUCUAGAUGGAACCCUACACGCCAGUCACAGAUCACCCAACCAUUGAUUAUACAAGCUACUACGGCGAACCUACCGGAUCCUCAAACUGCGCAAACUGUGAUGAAACCAUCCAUCGAACCUGCCAACGCGAGGUGGAAUGAAGACAGACCCACGACACUUGAUAAAGCCCAGAUGGAUGAUCACAUCCAGCAACAGUCCCGUUACACCAGAUUUCAACAAAGCCUGCAGGAUACACCAAUGCCGAAGGCGAUUGAAGCAAUGACAAGGCAAUAUAACAACACAGAUGACAAGUAUGGUGGAGGACCAUAUGAUGAUCUGAACACAAAAUUGCUCAAGUUCUAUGAUAUCUGUGGCAAGAUUGGUCUACAAGAGUAUCAGUUCCAUAUUACAUUCUCGCUCAUGCUGAAAGGGAAAGCGGAAAAGUUCUACUUGACAAAGGUCAAGGGAAAGACGAAUGACUUUCAGACAAUGGUAGGGAUGAUGAGAGCACACUUCGACACUGAGGAGAACCGCCAGAGGUCUAUAACUGAAUGGAGAGAGACCACCCUUCCAAGGAUCAUUGCUCAAAACCCAACUAAAUCACGAUCAGAGUGCCUCAAGAUACUCUUUGAAACUCUUGAGAGAAUUCAACCAGGAUUAUCACCAGAACACCAGUCUGAGAUGACCCUCCGGGAACAGACCAUCAAUGCGUGCAGAGGUGUUGAGGAAUGCCAGCAAGCACGCUGGAGGGAGUACAUGCAGAACUGCGAUCAGCAGUUGCAAAUGCGACUUUUUCACCAGAGUCAAGGCAAUUCCAAGCCCAUGAGGAGUAUGUGCAUGAUCAGCAUUGGACUGACCGCACGUACGGAGGAAGAGGCCGCGGAUACAGCCGUGGGGGCCAUAGCCAACGCAGAGGAAGCUAUGGAUAUAGCAACAACCAUGGACCCACCCGGUUUCAGGGAUCAGGACCGCGAGGAGGCUACCACGGAGGCCGACGAGGCGAUCAAAAAUCCCGCCAAGGGAAAUGCUAUGUCUGCGGACGACAAGGAUGCUGGUCAAAGUAUCAUACUGGGGAGGAACAAAGACGAUCUCUUGAUAACUUCCGCCAACAGCACUACUUCACCACGGGCCAGGCAGCCACGCCACAGGACUUCCAGAUGUUUCUUAGUGACUUUGAAGGAGAGGAGACGGAAGAAAUAG